CAAAAGAAAGCUGCAAGAACAUGGCUAAAGCAAGCAAGAAACGGAAUUUCACUGAAAACGAUUUAGAGGUGCUACUAUCAGAGGUAGAAACAAGAAAGAAUAUUUUAUUUGGAAAUAUGUCCUCUGGAAUUAAUAACAAAAGAAAGAAACAAGAGUGGGCGAGUUUGUCUGAUGCCGUCAACGCGGUGGGAUCUGAGAGUCGCACCGUAAAUGAACUGAAGAAUAAAUGGUCAGACAUAAAGGUGGAAGUUAAGCGGAGAACUGCUGCGCACCGACAAAGUGUGGGCAGAACAGGCGGUGGUACAGGGACCGAUGAACUUGCACCCUUUGAUCAGAGAGUUGCCUCUAUUGUAGGAGACACGUUAAUCUCUGGAAUCGUAUCCGCUGAUGUAGGAGACUCGGAUAUACUACAGGACUGCCAGCAAGGAACCGCAGGAACGUCCACUGGCACGCACUCCGAGUCCGCACCACCUGAGCAGCCAGAGCCCAUUCAGUCCAGCGUCUCCCGUGUCUCUAAUGUUCCCCUCAGUGCUGAAGUUUGUUAGGGCCAUUGAAGAAAUGAACAGUCACCUUAAAAAUGUC